CGGCGUAGAACGGUAUGGCUGCUACCAGCCUCAGGACCGAGCUGCUGCGACUUGCUGUCCCGCUCGUGAAGACGCACGGCUUUACUCGCGAAGCACUCGCAUGUUCAGCACUACAGCUCCCUGAACCACACAAAGAGCCGCUCUCGGAAGCCGCUGUGACCGCGAUUUUUGGAGGCGGCGACGAUGCUCGUAGAACGCUCAUCAAUGCGUGGAUGGAGGCUGCUGUGCUCAACAUGAGGUCAAAGAGCUCCCCUCCCUCGUUGCUGGAGUUGCUGGAGAGCAGACUGAACUGGAAUGAGCCCGUGCUAGAAAAGCUACCUGAGGCGUUUGCCCUCCUUGCUGCGCCCAAGUUCAGCGGUCUUGUCCUUCUUGACCCGUCAGUUGCUGUGCGGCAUAACAUCCACAUAGCAAACGAAGCGUGCAACCUCGUUGGCUCCAACGACAUUGGCCUUGCCUGGCACCGGAAACGCGCCGCCGCUGCCGUCGCAUAUGCCUCCGCCGAACUCGUGCAGCUAACUCAGCCUGGAUCACCCGACAUCCCGUACAAAGUCCUCAAACAGCAGCUUAACAGGUCACAGAGUGCACUCCAGAGCGUUGAAGAGGUCGGACUGUUUGGACAGUAUGUAGUACGGAGCUGGGCUGGUAUCGGCAAGAGCUUGGGCUUGUGACACAGCUGUCGCGUAUGUAGUACGGAGCUGGGCUGGUAUCGGCAAGAGCUUGGGCUUGUGACACAGCUGUCGCGUAUGUAUGGGC